UUUGUUCCCAAAACAAAAACACACCAGUAGAUGCUUUUGCAUCUAUUGAGUGAUUACUAAAUGUUUACAGUGCUUCACAAGUCAUCUAACUAUCUUGAAAACAAGUUUAUCAGGACACAGUUGAUGACUAUCCAAAAAAUACAGGUAUUACUUUGCAUAAUAACAGGUGUGAACUAAUGUUUGCUCAUAAAAGAUUAAAUAUUAACUGUGGUAAUGCUGCUAGCGCUUUGCAGCAGAGGCAAAGGUGAACUUUUAUCAGAUAAACAUGUAUAUUAAGGCUUUGUAAAGGGAAAUUAGACUGACGGUAACAAAUGAGCUGCUUCUUUCGACUAAGUGAAGAUGCUGAACGUGAUGAGCCUGAGCUUUGUGCCAUUGCUCUUAGCAGUGGGGGCAUUGACGCUGGAGAGCAACAAAGUGGAGUAUGAUUACUUCCAAUACCAUCCAAUGGAGGAGAUCAGCAGCUGGAUGUCUCAGAUGGCGAAGCAAUACCCCGAUGUUGUGGCCAUAGUGGAUUAUGGGAAGAGCUAUGAGAACAGGACAAUUAGCUUGAUGAGGAUCGGCCUGAAGUCUGACACCAAAAAGAAAGCCAUCUGGAUGGACUGUGGUAUUCAUGCCAGAGAAUGGAUCGCUCCAGCGUUUUGUCAGUACUUUGUCAGACAGAUUCUCCAAACGUACAAAACAGACGCUAAAAUGGAAGCCAUGAUGACAAACAUGGACUUCUACAUCACGCCGGUGCUCAACGUCGACGGCUACAUGUUCUCCUGGAAGAACUCCUCAACCCGACUGUGGAGGAAGAACAGGUCACCGGGACCUUCGGGCGAUUGCUACGGCACCGACCUCAACCGCAACUUUGAUGCCAACUGGGGCACCAUCGGAGUGUCUUCUGACUGCAACUCCGACAUCUACCCUGGCAGAGGGCCCAUCUCAGAACCCGAGGCCCAGGCCGUAACUUACUUUGUGGGAAGCAGAAAGGAAGACUUCCUGUGUUUCUUCACCAUCCACUCCUACGGCCAGCUGCUCCUGAUUCCCUACGGACACCCCGACUUCACCGCCUCCAAUUACGAUGAGCUGAUGAAGGUGGGAGAGGAAGCAGCUGAAGCCAUUUUGAAAGUUCAUGGGAAAAAGUACAGAGUCGGAACCUCUCCAGCUGUGUUAUACCCCAACUCUGGCUCAUCCAGAGACUGGGCCCGAAUGCAGGACAUCCCCCUGACUUUCACCUUCGAGCUGAGAGAUAACGGCACCUACGGCUUCGAGCUCCCCCAGGAGGAGAUCCAGCCGACCUGCGAGGAGGCCUACAGCGGCGCCCUGCACAUCAUCACCUACGCCCACGACAAGACCUUUAACGGCGCCGCGGCCACCGCAGCAGCGCUCUGGACCACGCUGUUAGCGCUGGGGGUCUACCUGAUGUGAGCGGAAAAGCUGACAUCACACUGUAAAAUGGCACGAGUUUUUAUAUGUAAGCAGAACCUCAAAAAGAUGCUGGAAGCUUGAAGUUGUUAGGAUAAAAUAUUGGCUCAGAAAUUCAUGAUUAAUUCAAAGUACUACAGCAAAACAAAAAUUUUUACUAAUAAAGAUUUUACAGUGUUCCCUCUUUAA